AUGGGGGCCCCUGUAGGAAUAUCUACAAGGGGCAUUUUGGGGGCCGUGAACCGCCGCUUCUUCUCGAGUUCUGCCAUAGGGCGAGAAGCGCGGGCAGUGCCAUGGGAACCCCGUGAACAUCUUCUUCAAGCCAGGAAGGAACCGCGCUACAUGGCUGAGUGUCAAGGGACACCGCGGCUGGAGUACCCAGAGAAUAUGAUCGAUGGUGUGCGGCUCCGCCCUACGUUUAACCCGUAUGUAAAGCUUACCAGGGCCAAGAGAUAUGUCCUAGACAACUGGCCUUCCCGAAACUGGGCUGAUUGGAACCCAUACACCUGCUUCGUGAGAGGAAGCCGGCGGCGAUACCAGAUUCCGAAGGACCUGUUGCCGUAUAAAGAUGAACUUGGAGAGUGGCAUCCACCACGACUCUCAGGGCGGUACAAAGCUGACGUGGAACGCCAGUACCGCCUGAAUGGGCUUGAGUGGGUAUGGCUGAAGGACUUUUACAAGGAGAAGAGGCACAUCCGAGAUAGAGAGCCGCUGGGUCCAAAAAAAUGGUAUAUCAGGGAAUACAGACAGCAACAGGUAAAGGAAGCCAUGAGGAAAAUGGACGACCUAGUAGCGGAUUACCGCAAGGAGGUACGGGAUAAACAGCGCUACAAUUGGUUUGAGCGCGUAGUGCACGAUUUUGCCGGCGAGCAGCUCUCCUCUGAGUACCUCAGAAGUCGGAAGGAACCAAAAAUGUGA